AUGGCUACAGGUUGGGGAUUUUUCAGGUACAAUGGAUGUAUCAUCCAGUCAGCUUUUGCUAGGGUUGUGUUUUUGUUGUUUAUGGCGGUGACAAUGUCGGAUGUGCAUAUGUGCAAUAUGGGUAUUAGUGACAAAUGCUUGCGACAUGCUGUAAAUUUUGAAGCUAAGAGAGCAUACAGGAACUUCUUAAGCAGAAACUUUAGGUUUGUAAAUUUUAUUCCACCAAAUAUUUUAUUUUCAUGCUUUCGAUCUAAGCACAAGCUCACUGAGAAGUUGUUGAAGGGUGUAGAUAGCUGUGAAAAGAAGCCAUCUUUGAUCGGUUACAAUGGCCUUGAUGACUUAAUUGUCAAUGAUAGAUUUAGAGAAAAGUUCUGUGAGAAUCUUAAGCUCGUUAAUAGUGAUUUUGAUGCCACCUCGGUAUGCAAAAAGUUCCCUUCCAUUACUUUAGGUUGCUUUCCGACCGUGGAAUUGUAUGAUGGGCCCGCAUACUAUUCUCAAACUACAGAUCCAAUGCCACCUCAAAUUCUUGAAGAAUGCGAUGCAAAUUGUUUGGACCAAGAAUGUAUGUACAAAGAUCUGCAUUCUUUGUAUGCAGAAAUAUCUAAUAUGAACGCAUCAUAUAGGAACGCAUCAUAUAUUCCGGAAGAAAAGGUUGAAAAGCCCACUACCUAUUCUCGGUUGUCUGUUGAAAGCACAGAAACAACAAAUACUUCACAGUCGACUGCAGAUAAUGCUGUGCUUGAGAUCCAACAAGCUGUAUCUUCAGUUGCAGAAAUUCUUGAUAAAUCUAUCAACUGCUUGCCCGGGCUGACCAAACGCCAGCUCAGUCAACUGGAGAACUGUGGCUUUCACACGUUGCGGAAGUUGCUACACCAUUUUCCUCGGACAUAUGCUGAUUUACAAAAUGCUGAGGUGGAAAUUGAUGAUGGACAGUACUUGAUUUUUGUUGGAAAAAUAAAAUCUUCAAGGGGAAUCCGGGCUAGUAGUUCAUUCUCAUUUCUGGAGGUGAUUGUGUCGUGUGAGGUUGCGGAUAAUGGGCCAAAUUCUGAGUCAUCAGCUGAUCAAGUUGAAAAUAGAAGUAUAAGAACAGUACAAUUGCAUUUGAAGAAAUUUUUUCGUGGUACCCGCUUCACAUGCAUGCCAUUUCUCAGAAGUAUCCAGGAAAAGUACAAGGAGGGAGAUAUCGUGUGCGUCAGUGGCAAGGUGCGCGCGAUGCGUAAUGCCGACCACUUUGAGAUGAGGGAGUACAACAUUGAUGUGGUUACAGACAAAGAUGAUUCAUGUGUUUUUGCAACUGGGAGGCCUUAUCCUAUUUAUCCUUCGAAAAAAGGUCUCAACCCUGAGUUUCUGAGGGAUAUUAUCUCAAGAGCUUUAAAGACAUUGCCAGUUGAUCUUGAUCCUCUACCUAAGGAUGUCAUUCAGGAUUUUCAACUUCUCUCACUCAGAAAUGCAUAUGCUGGAAUCCACCAGCCCACUGAUUUGGGCAUUGCCGAUUUAGCUCGACGAAGGCUUAUCUUUGAUGAGUUCUUCUAUCUUCAGUUGGGAAAGUUGUAUCAAAUGCUUGAGGGUCUUGGUACAAAGGUAGAGAAAGAUGGGUUGAUUGAGAGAUACACAAAACCCCAGCUAAAUGCAACAUUCAUGGAAGAGUGGUCCUGUAUCACUAAAAACUUCAUGAAGGUUCUUCCGUAUAAACUUACGGCCAGUCAGCUAAGUGCAACUUCAGAAAUCAUUUGGGAUUUAAAACGACCAGUUCCAAUGAAUAGACUAUUACAGGGUGAUGUUGGAUGUGGGAAGACUGUGGUGGCAUUUCUAGCAUGCAUGGAGGUCGUCGGCUCAGGAUACCAGGCAGCUUUUAUGGUUCCAACUGAACUAUUAGCUAUCCAGCAUUAUGAGAACCUUCUUGGCUUGCUCGAGAAAAUCGAUGAAGCCAGUCAAAAACCUUCUGUUGCCCUGUUAACAGGCUCAACCCCGACAAAACAAGCACAAACCAUUCGCAGGGGUCUGCAAGCUGGAGAUAUCUCUGUGGUCAUUGGAACUCACUCUUUAAUAGCUGAAAAGGUGGAAUUUUCAGCUUUAAGGAUUGCAAUUGUAGACGAGCAGCACCGUUUUGGUGUUGUUCAAAGAGGUCGCUUUAACAGCAAGCUAUAUUUUAAUGGCAUUACUUCCCUUUUUACGCCGACUAGCUCAAAUGGUCCUCAUAAGACUGAUGUUGUUAUGGCUCCACAUGUCCUUGCCAUGUCAGCCACACCGAUCCCAAGGUCACUUGCCCUGGCAUUGUAUGGCGACAUGUCCCUUACUCAGAUUACUGAUGUGCCGCCUGGAAGAACACCUGUGAAGACAUACGUAAUAGAAGGAAAUGAAGCAGGAUUCAAGGUGGCUUACCAGAUGAUGCUUGAAGAGUUACAAGAUGGGGGUAAAGUAUACAUUGUGUACCCCGUGAUCGAGCAGUCGGAACAGCUACCGCAGCUGAGGGCAGCCUCAGCAGAUCUGGACACCAUUUCCCAAAAAUUCCCGGACCACAAAUGCGGGCUUCUUCAUGGGCGCAUGAAAUCCGAGGAGAAGGAUGAGGCCCUCAGGCAGUUCAGGUCCGGGAAGACACACAUCCUGCUGUCGACACAGGUGAUCGAGAUAGGGGUGGACGUGCCAGACGCGUCGAUGAUGGUGGUGAUGAAUGCCGAGCGGUUUGGAAUGGCCCAGCUGCACCAGCUGCGGGGAAGGGUGGGUCGAGGAGAGAGAAAGUCGAGGUGCGUGCUGCUGGGUUCCUCCGAAUCCGGGCUGAAGAGGCUGAGGGUGCUGGAGAAGUCAUGUGAUGGGUUCCACUUGGCCAACAUGGAUCUUCUUCUGCGCGGCCCUGGGGAUCUGCUUGGGAAAAAGCAGUCGGGCCACCUGCCCGAGUUCCCUGUGGCGAGGCUUGAGGUCGAUGGGAAUAUUCUACAGGAUGCUCAUCUUGCUGCCCUGAAAGUUCUGGAAAGGUCCCAUGACCUGGAGAUUUACCCGGACCUGAAAGCCGAGCUUAGCAUGCGACAACCACUGUGUCAUCUUGGAGACUGA